AUGAGUCGUCGGCAAAAUCCGUCUGAAUUCCUAAAACAAAUAAUUGGGAAGCCGGUUGUGGUGAAGCUAAAUUCCGGGGUCGACUAUCGCGGUAUUCUUGCAUGUCUAGAUGGAUUCAUGAAUAUUGCUCUUGAACAAACGGAAGAGUACAAUAACGGGCAGCUGCAGAACAAAUACGGAGAUGCCUUCAUUCGCGGUAACAAUGUACUAUAUAUCUCGACCCUAAAGAGAUAG